CCUUUCCCUUCCCAUACACAUAUAGAGAUAGAGAGAGAAAGAGGAAGAGAGCUAGAGUGAGAGAGAUUAAUGGCUUUCUCUCUUAUUAACCUAACCACUAUUCUCUCUCUCCUCCUCAUCCUCGUCCCCCCCCUCCUCCUCCUCGCCCCGCCAUCAGCCGCCGAAGAAGACUACUACGCCAUCAACACCAAAGACAGACCAUCCGGCCCGAGACUUCGAGGCCGGUUGCUGGGCUCGACCGACGAGCCCGAGCUUGUCAGAAACAACACCAGUUGCAUGCCCGGAAACAAUGUGUGCGACGGGGUGUGGUCGCAGCCGAGCAACGGGAUAGUGCUGGCCCAUAUAUACUGCUGCAAGAAGCAUUGCCGGAACGUGCUCACGGACAAGAACAACUGCGGGGCGUGCGAGAACAAGUGCCCGUUCGGGUACCUCUGCUGCAGCGGGAACUGCACCAACGUCGCCUACGAUCCGAUGCAUUGCGGAAAGUGCAAGACGGCUUGCCUUCCGGGGGUCCUGUGUGAGUACGGGAGCUGCGGGUACGCUUGAUGAACGAAUCAGAAAGUUGUUCGAGGAAUUCAAGAUUUGAAAAAAAAAGAAAGAAAGAAAUGGUAAUGCUUUAGUGACCAUGUCAGUGCGUCACACUUCUGAGUACAAUUUGACGUGAAAUUGGACAUGCGAAAUUAACGUCGAGUAGUGCCCGAAUGUGGCGUAAAAUGGUUAGGAAUAAAGGGUAAUUGUUGUCAACUGCUUGCUGAUAAUAGUCCGGGUGGUUUUUAGGGAAAAAUAUUAGAUUCUGUUUUGUACCUACAAUACUAUUAUUAUCAUUCAUGUUUUGGUUUUUGUCCUCUAAUUUACGUAUGGAGUUGCAUUUC